AUGUUUUCAGAAAGAUUAGUAAGAGUAACUUUGACUCUACCAAAAGUUGAAGGUAAUCUAAAAUGGGAAUCAGAUGUUUAAACAAACACUUCAAGAUCAAGUUUCACUCUUAUUUAUAUUUAGGGAUCAUUUCAAUCAAUGCUAAACCCUAAUAAUUUGGGAAUCGAUUUCAUAAACACACUAUGACUUCUAUUGCCUCUCCAAAAUAAAUCUAACUCUACACUCCCAUGCAGGAAAGCAAAAGAGCUAAGAAAUUAAAAAAUAUUCCUUAUGAACUCUAAUACUUUACUCCCAAACUUCCAAAUAAAAACUUUACUUCUAGUCAUCUCAUGAGUGAUGAAUUGCUUAAACCUUCAUCUGAGAGUAUCGAAAACAAAGACAAAUGGCAGAUUAAAUCCCAUAUUCCCAAAACAAAUAAUGUGUUCAGUUUAUGCUAAAUAAAAAGAAUUGAUAAAUAAGAGAAAAAAAAUGAGAAAUCUUAAGAUUUUACAUAAAUUAGAAAAUAAAAUAUUCAAAAUCUUGAGAAUGAAAAAGUCAAAGUAAUGUUAUCCUAUUUAUCAUAUCUAGAGAUAUAAAAAAUAUCGAUAAGCCACCUAAAAGUUGAUUGAUCAAUUUGCCUAGUAAUUCAAUACUCGUGCUAAAAUUGACAAUUUCAAUUUGAAUCUAUGA